AUGGAUGAAAAUAAAGUAGAAAUAAUGACGCAACCAAGGACCGAUGUCCUAGAACCAAAUGUUACCGGAGCUGCAAAACAAAAAUUGCGAAAUUUAGUAGAGCACGACUUGAACGAAAAUGAACCAACUCCCACACCUCCAACUAACAAACAGAAAGAUAUCUUAGCAAGGUAUGAAAAUGCCAAAAAAGCAGACUCAUCUGAGAAUGCAACAUCACCAAGGGAGAGUCAGACCGAAGUUGAAGAAGUAACGCAUGGUAAAAUCCCAUUAGAUAGUCAAUUCUCCACCAAGGAGAUAAAGAAACUUAUUGAUGUAGCCAAAAACUCAGGAAUGUUGGAAGAGGAACUAGAAGUAAAAAUAGUUGAUAGUACUCCAAUUGCAGAAAGAGUUGUCAUUGAAAGUAAACCGAAAAGUGAUGAUGAUGACUCUUCCGAGGACCACGAAGAAAAAGAAGAACGCAAGUAA